AUGCUUGCCUUUCUUGGCAGCAAAGAUUUAGAUGUCCGUAGCUAUGUGAAAGACGAGGAACUGCGGCCGUUGGUUGAUCAUCAACGUAUCGGUGCGGGGCUCUUGGCUGUCUCGACCUUAUUCCUUCCUGGUGUCUGCUUCGCGGCAACCGACAGGAUUUCCAACUCAGGAACGAUCUGGUCCGCUGCAACAUCACGCACCGGUAUUCCACCUUGUGAUGCUCUCAUCGCCGCAGGUCUGGCAGAUCGCCUGGUUCUCGCAACAGAAGCAGGCUAUGAGGCACGUAUCUCGACAUACUGGUCUGUCAGUGCUCGUCUGCGGCCAUGGUGUCUCAUUCAGCCUUGGGACACCAGCGAGGUAUCAAAGACUCUGACUACACUGUUAGAGGCUGGAUCGGGUGCCGGUGACUGGCACAUUGCUAUCCGUGGAGGAGGUCACAACCAUUGGGCAGGCACUAAUAAUAUUGCCAACGGAGUAACAAUCGACCUUGUCUACCUCAAUCAGACCUCGUACGACCCGGAGACCAACCUUGCCUCCGUUGGCCCCGGAGAUCACUGGAAGGAUGUGUAUGCCAAACUUCUCAAGAGCAAUAUUACCGUGACCGGUGGCCGCGAUGGAGGCGCAGGUGCCGGCGGCUUUCUCCUGGAAGGCGGUAACUCGUACUACACCGGUCGCAUGGGCUUUGGGGCAGACUCUGUGAGAAACUACGAGGUCGUCCUUGCCGAUGGUAGCGUCGUCAAUGCCAACAAAGAAACCAACCCUGACCUCUUCAAAGCUCUCAAGGGUGGCAGCAGCAACUUUGGGAUCAUGACACGUUUCGACCUCGAGGCUGCUGUUGUUGAGUUCACCAACCACGACCAGAGCUUGGCCGACGACGCAAUGGUCACUGUCUAUACCCACAAUACUGCAUUGGGCGACGAUAUACUCAUUGCCGCUUCUCGCAUUCCUGCCAUCAGUAGUGAGAUGACUUAUCGGAGCAUGGCUGACCUGGUGCUGAACUCCCAGAUUCCUGCCGGCUCUAGGUCUGUGUGGUUUACGUUGACAUUCAAAAAUGACGAAGCAAUUCUGAAAGAGGCUGUCGAGGCCCACCAGGAGUUCGUCGACGCUAUGAAGCUUGCCGUCGGGGCGGAUGAGUUCACCACCCAGAUGGUCUUCCAACCUCUACCUACCUACUUCGCAGCCAUUGGUACUGAGAACGGUGGCAAUGUUCUCGGUCUUGACGCAGAGAAGGACAACGCGAUCCUCUGGCUUGGUCUCGUUACCAUUAAUACCGAAGCUCAGGAAGCUGUUGCUCGAGCAUACAUGGCCUCUGCCUCAGCCGAAAUCGAAGACUUUGCUAUUUCUGUCGAUGGAAACGUCAACUGGCGCUACCUGAACUACGCUGACCCAAGCCAAGAUCCGAUCAAGACGUAUGGCUCUGCCAACGUGGACUUUAUCCGCGAGAUCGCGGCCAAAUUUGACCCGGAAGGAGUGUUCCAGAAGCGGAUUCCUGGCGGCUUCAAGGUCUCACGCGUGGAUUGA